AUGAUGAUGAUGAAUCGACAACCAUCAUUGCAUAAACCUUCCAUACAAGGACACAGGGCGCGUAUAAUAACUGGUCAACGAGCACUUCGAAUGAACUACGCUCCAUGCAAAGCUUAUAAUGCAGAUUUUGAUGGAGAUGAAAUGAAUGGUCAUCUUGUUCAAAGCCAUAUUGCGCAAUGCGAAGUGGCAGAGCUGGCUAAUGUUGGAAGUAACUUUUUGGUUCCGAAAGAUGCGACACCGCUUCUUGGCUUGAUACAAGAUCACGUUGUCUCAGGUGUUCUUUUGACGAUAAGGGGUAGAUUUCUGUCCAAAGAAGACUUUAUGCACCUCAUCUUGGCUGCGUUUGCUUAUCGAACGAAGCGCAUUGAUAUACCGCCUCCAGCCAUGAUCAAACCGCGUCAGUUAUGGAGCGGGAAACAAGUGGGCAAUCACAGUUGA